CGCACGUUCGUAUCAUCAUCACUCCUUCACUGCAGCUGUGAUUUGCCACAUUCUCGACUAUGCAGAAAGUGAGAUUGUAAAUCAAGAAUGAGACUAGGAAGUUAUUGGAUUUCCUUGGCUUUCGUUUACCUUGCUUUAGUGAGGAGAAGUAUUGGAGGGGAAAGCACAUUGGAUCUAGAGAUUAGGGGGGAAAAUGCCACCGGUUUGCCGAGCGGACUCUAUUGGAACAACUUGAGUGUGCAGACUUCGGAUGGCACAUUCUUACUCCGUCGUUGUUGCGGUUGUGUCGAGAACGGACACAUCUGUGGGAUUCUUGGACCAAGCGGAGCUGGAAAAUCAACGACUCUUUCUGCUUUCAGUGGGACUAUAUCCCCGUCGAGUGGAUUGGAAGUAAAUGGCGAGAUCUUUUACUUUGACAAACCAAUGCAAACGAUGGAGCCGCUGACGGUACAAGGAGGACACGUAGCAUGGAUGCAACAGAAAGACAACUUCUUCGAUAUGCUUACGGUUCAAGAAACACUCGAGUUAGCUGCUUUCCUUGAGUUGCCACAACAGGUAGAGAAGGAAAGGAGUCGGCGUGUGAAGUCGAUCAUGGAAUCACUGGGUUUAAUGAAGCUCAAAGAUAGAAGGAUCGAAGACUCGUCAGCUGACAACGGCUUGUCUGGAGGCGAGAAACGCCGCUUGUCGCUUGCGUUGGAACUCGUGUCGAUGCCGAAACUAUUUCUUGCUGACGAACCUAGUUCAGGUCUUGAUUCAACGAUGAGCAAAAAAGUUGUAAAUCUGAUCCAAAAACUUGUGCGGGAACGAAAUAUUCCUUGUAUUCUUUCGCUGCAUCAACCACGUUCGUCUAUUUUCAAGAUGUUGGACUCUCUCAUUCUUCUGGGCCCUGGAGGAUAUGUCUGCUACCACGGAAAGGCCAGCGAAGCUGUAUCAUAUUUUGCAAGUUUGGGAUAUCAGUGUCCGGAGCAAACGAAUCCAGCAGAGUUCCUGUUGGACCUGGUAUCGGUCGAUUCGGAAGAUAUUUUUCAAGCGAGAGAGGAUGAACUCCGCGUAUCACAAUUAGCAAGUUCGUUUGCUGAAAGCCAACAUUCUAUGGACAGCUUUGCUGUUUCGGAAUUGAAAACGAAGAAUUCCAUUAUCGAAGAAAAAGCAAAACUUAGCCCCUCUACCAAGAGAAGGGAGCAACCUUUUCGGGGGAUCAGAAGAUUUGGUCGGUUGUUGCUCCGUUCCUGGAGGCAAAAUAUUCGCAACUACCGUGUGAACCUGUUUCGCCUUGUCGCGUCAGGAGGCAAUGCUUACCUAUUUACCAGAAUCUUUCAUUCAAUCAAGAAAGGAAGUUUCACUGCUAAAUCUGUUGCAGAUCGCGUUGCCUUGCUUUCGUUUGGUGUUAUCAAUAUGAGGUUCGUUGCGAAGCAAAUUGUGAAAAAUGUAUUCUUGAACUGCAAUCAGGUGCUCAAACCUGUCCUUUUGAACAAAAAAUUUCUUCGUCCUCACUAUGUAUCCGUCUUUCAUUUGAAUUCCGCAUUGCCAGCAUGAUGUCACUCAUGAAAACAAUCGACCUAUUUGCGAAAGAAAAGCCGGUAGUACAACGCGAACAGCAACGACGUCAAUAUACUAGUUUGGAGUAUCUAUUAGCCAAAACAAUUGCUGAAAUACCGCUCGACACGGGUGAGUGCUUCGCUACCUAAUAUGAAAUGCAAAACCAUCACAUAUUGAUGCACAAGAGAUGUGGAAAUUAUUGAAACUCACGGUUCUGAGCUGUGUUCUGCCUGUUGCUGCAGUCUUUGCUGUUGUAUUCACUUUUACUCUGAAAUCCCUUUGUGGACUUCGCAUUGGGCUUGAAGCUCUAACUGGCGUAUUCAGCCUCAUGACUGCCACAGGUGCCUCGUUGGGUUUCGCAAUAGGAGCUCUUAGCCCAACAGGCGAGACAGCUAUGAUAGCUGGCAUACCAAUCAUGGUUGUAAUGAUGACGGUAGGAAUCAUCAACCCCGCUGGAGUCGACAAAUCGGAACCCCAGCCAGUCGUAGUCGAAGCGUUGAAACAAUUGAGCCCAAUUGCACUUGCUAUCAAAGCUCUUUGUUUGGCAGAGUAUCGUGGGAUGGAAUUCUCGGAUCCAUUGCAAGAAAAGAAUCAUAAUAAAUUGAAUAUGUUUGCUAGAGGAAGGAGUCUCCUGCAAGAUUUGCCAAAAAUGGGCGCCCUAGCGUUAGUCCAAAAUGGAGAUCAAGUCCUCGAUGAGCUUGGAUUGAGAGAAGAAAAAUACGAUGGGACAAUGAAGCAUCUUGCAAUCCUCUUAUUAGGCAACUUAUUUCUGAGUUGGAUUGGCUUGAAGAUGCAUGUAUCCUCAAAUAGUAGUUUUACCUUUGAUUCACAAAAGACGCGAUAUUAAUACAACUUCUUGAGUACAAUAAUUUGUAAACUUGAAG